AUGGGCGGAAUUGGUAAGACCACUCUUUCCACACACGUGUUUCAAAAUCCACUUAUAAGAGAUCGUUAUGAUGUUUGUGUUUGGGCUACGGUGUCUCAAAGUUAUAAUAUAGGAGAAAUUUUUGGCGAAAUUCUCGAUCAGAUAAGAGGGAAGUCAAGUGGCAAGAGUGAGGACGAAUUAGGAGAAGAGUUGCACAAAUAUUUAUUCGGUGGGAAAUAUCUCGUUGUAAUGGAUGAUAUGUGGAGUAUAGAAGUGUGGGAUAAGUUGAAGUUUUUCCUUCCAAAAAACGAUAAUGGAAGUAGAGUAUUGGUAACAACUAGGCUAUCAAACUUGGCUUCCGAGUUGAGCGAAUCCCAUACACUCGAUAUGAGCUUUUUAGAGGUGGAUAGCAGUUGGGAAUUGUUCUCCAAAAUUGUUUUUGGGGAUAAACCCUUUCCAUUUGAACUCAAGGAAAUUGGAAAGAAAAUUUUGGAAAAGUGUAAUGGACUUCCUUUGUCAAUUGUCGUAAUUGGAGGCCUUUUGGCAAAAUCCGAACCUACACGAAAAUAUUGGGAGCACAUAGAAGGAAACUUGAGUUCAACUGUGAAUUCUGAAAAUGCAGAAUAUUGCUUUAGAAUAUUAAAAUUGAGCUAUAACCAUUUACCUGCCCAUAUAAAGCCGUGUUUCAUGUAUAUGGGAGUGUUUGAGGAAGAUCGUGCAAUUAGAGUCUCAACCCUCAUCAACCUAUGGGUCUGUGAAGGAUUUCUCAAACCCGUAAACAAUAAAAGCUUGGAAACAGUUGCAGAAGAGUACUUGAAAGAGCUAGUUGACAGAAAUCUCGUUAUAGUUCAUGAGUUGGGGUUACUCGGUAACAUGAAGUAUUGCAAGAUUCAUGAUUUACUAAGAGAUCUAUCUUUGAAAGAAGCUCGAAAAGAAAGGUUCUAUUGUGUGUUAAGUCAGGAUAGUCUUGGAGGCUUAAGUAAGCAACGUCGGGUUGUUAUUCCAAGAGGCAUUUCAGUCAUCGAUCCUAUGGAAACUACGUCUGAUUCUCGUUCUUAUACUUGUCAUAAUCCUAGAUUUUCUCAUUUACCGGAUUCUAUGUUGUUGAGGACAGUGAAUGCAUAUGAUAGAACUAGGUAUGUACACAAUGAGUAUUUCCUUAACGACGUGUUUCGAUUCGUGAAUGCACGAUACCUUGCUGUUCGAGCUGCUUCAUCGUCGGAAUUCCCUUCUUCAGUGAAUCUGCUUUGGAAUCUACAUACACUUAUUAUUUCAUCCAGGAAUAACCUAAUAGCACCUAUUGAAAUAUGGAAAAUGCAUCGACUUAGUCAUGUCGAAUGCGCGUCAGGAGGAUUGCAUCUGCCAGAUCCUCCAAGCCGCGACAACGAAAUUGUUGUCAUGGAGAAUCUACACACGCUCACAGGGGUGAAGAAUUUCAAUCUGAAUGAAGAGGUGGUUAAAAGAAUUCCGAAUAUAAAGAAAUUGCGUAUUAGGUAUGUGGAGUCACUAAUCGAGAGACAUAACUGUCUGAGCUAUCUCGAAUGUAUGAGAAAGCUGGAAACCUUCCGUUGCUCAAUCAAAGAAGGAUGUGAAGAGUAUCUGCACAAUAUUAGCUUCCCACACUCCCUCAUGAAGUUGACUAUCAAUGCCUCAUUUGAUUUUGAGUUGGAAGACAUGUUGCAGAAGAUAGGUUCGUUGCCCCUUCUUCAGAAGCUCGUGUUGGAACAUGGUUUCUUCGGAACAUGCACGUGGGAAACAUGUGAAGGCCAGUUUCCAGCCCUCAAGUUAUUGUCAUUGGGGAUGUGUGGUGAUCUUGAAAAUUGGAUUAUGUCGGACGACUUUCCUCGUCUUCAGGAGAUUUGUUUGUAUGGAUUGAGAAGGCUGACGAUGAUCCCUGCAGAACUCGGAAGAAAAGACAGCAUGAAAUCAAUUUUGUUGGAUAAUUGUAGCGAAUCAGCAAUGAGUUCGGCGAAAGAAGUGUUGGAUGAACAAGAGGAGUUUUUCGGGAAGGAAGAAGCGCUUCGUGUUCGAGUUGUAUGUCAAAAAAACAAUGCUCAAGUACUGCAUUAUCUGGUGAGCUCCAACUUUCACGUUUCUUUGGUUAGAUGGUUCAUUUCGAUACUAAUGAGAUAG